ACAACUUCUUUUUCCGUCGAUGAUGUCUGUGGUUGUUCGACUUCGCGAUUCUUUCUUCUUUGUCCUUGUGUAGUACCUAGAAUUAAUUCUAAAACCAAUCUAUUGAAAUAAUUACAAAAGUGCCUUGUUCAAUAAUUAUUAUUUAAGGAAGAAAUUGUUUUCUAACUCUUGUGAUGUAAAUCAUCUUUUACAUCUUCGUGUUUAUUUGUGGAGUGGACGUGUUUAUUUCAAAUUCGACCAUCUGAUAUUUGUUUACUAGUCAUUAGGGCUGAAAGUGCUGAAACGAUUACGAUGGACAACAUAAUUUCGUCACCGGAAGACAACACCUGCUCGGAGGGGGAGGAAGAGCGUAAAGCGACGGGCACUCGCGCCAAUCAUGCGGAUCCCCAAGGAUUUUCCUCGUCUCAGUCCGCUGCGUACACACUCCACGAAAUGGAAGAAAAAAUGCGACGAAAACUGCAGUUUUUCUUCAUGAACCCGAUCGAAAAGUGGAGGGCGAAGAGGAAGUUUCCAUACAAGUUUGUUGUGCAAGUAAUCAAGAUAGUGCUGGUUACGUUUCAGCUCUGCCUAUUUGCACACAACCGAUACAAUCACGUCAACUACACGUGGGACAACCGUAUCAGUUUUUCGCACUUAUUUCUGCUGGGCUGGGACUCGACGCGAGAGAUAAACGCCUACCCGCCGGGCGCCGGCCCCCUGGCCGUCUACAAGGUUGAUGAGUUCUACAACACCCUGGACUACGCUUUUGCAGGCUACCAAAACCUUAGCAAUGCUAUAGGCCCAUACUCUUACAAUGAUGAAAACAAUAAUCAAGUGGACCCUGUCUUUUGCCAGUACAAUUAUAAAGAAGGCAUCAUCAACGGUUUCAAUGAGAGCUACGAAUUCAACUCAGAAGUGAUUGAGUCAUGCACAAACUUCACUGGAGGCAAAUCUGUAUAUUUCAGCUCUAAGGACAUGCUGAAGAGUGCUGGUUUGGAAAUUAAUUUUGCUGCAUUAGUUCGUGCCAAGUUGAUGUUCUCAAUCAAAACUAUAAACUUCAGAGCAGCUGGGCCUAUCACUCCUCCUGACUGUUAUCGGUUCGAUGUGGCCAUAAUAUUUGAUAAUGAAGACCAUGAUGGGCAAAUGUCUCUCACAUUAGACGCUGAACCCUACAAGUUGAUUUGCAAAGGUGAUCAAGAGUAUGUGACGGACAAUAAAAUUGAUCAAGUCCUAAGAAGUAUUCUCAAUAUACUUGUCAUACUUAUUUGCUCUGCUUCGUUUGUCCUGUGCAGUAGGGCCAUUUAUAGAGCGCAACUUUUGAAGGAACUCACUGUCCAAUUCUUCCGUCGCACUUACAACAAAGAACUCAGCUUAGAUGGGCGAUUAGAGUUCUUGAACAUUUGGUACAUAAUGAUCAUUGUCAAUGACUUGCUCAUUAUUCUGGGAUCAGCAAUUAAGGAGCAGAUUGAACGAAACCAAUUUACAAACGACCAAUGGAAUGUAUGCUCUCUGUUUCUGGGUACAGGAAACUUACUUGUUUGGUUUGGUGUCCUAAGGUAUUUAGGAUUUUUCAAGACUUACAAUGUCGUUAUCCUGACUCUGAAAAAGGCUGCUCCAAAAAUAUUUAGAUUUUCUAUCUGUGCUUUGCUUUUGUAUGCUGGCUUCACAUUCUGUGGUUGGCUGAUAUUGGGACCUUACCACAUGAAGUUCCGUUCUCUGUCUAUGACAUCAGAGUGUCUGUUUUCACUUAUCAACGGAGAUGAUAUGUUUGCAACAUUCUCUAUAAUGUCGAAGAAAUCACCAAUGCUUUGGUGGUUCAGUAGAGUGUAUCUGUACUCAUUCAUAAGUUUGUAUAUUUACGUUGUGCUAAGUUUAUUCAUUUCUGUGAUCAUGGAUGCUUAUGACACAAUAAAGCAGUAUUACAAAGAUGGUUUCCCAAAGAGUGAUUUGCAGCAAUUUAUUGGUGAAACGAGUAUUGAAGAAGUAUCUUCAGGAUUAUAUCGAACCCAGAGUUCAACUUCCCUAAAUGCUUUAAUGAAUUCGUUAUUUUGUUGUAAUUUUUACAGAAGUGCAUAUUCUAAAAUAGGUGGACGUAGUUCAAAUCAAAAUCUGAUUUAAAUAUGUAUUCUAAAAAUUCAAUGUAGCAUGCCAGAAAAGAUGUUUACUUGUAUCAAAUACUAAUAAUUGAUAACCAGGUAUAUCUGUAUUUGUCCACACCUACCAUAUCUAUAGUAAAUCAAGGUCUCUUUCGCAAUUGCCAAUGUCAACAGGGCAGCUAUUUUUGAUAUUAUUUUAUAUUACAUAAAUUGAAAACUGCAAUUAUGUCACAAAAGUAUUAUCAGAAGAGCACAUACUCAAAUAAUGUAAGUACCUAAAUGAGUUUUAAAAUUACCAAAGAUAAAUUGUAUAAAUUUAUAGAUCAAUUACAUUGUUUCUUUGAUUCUGCUCAAGAUAUUUUACAACAAAUUCUUUUUAUACUUGUACUUACAAUAAAUUAGUACCUAUCUUAAGGUAAAUCAUUAUUUAUUAUGCA